UAUUUUGGGGUGGAAAUCGGUAUUCGCUUGGUCGUAAGUCUGUUAUAUGCGCAUUUAUGACCAACCGGUACGUUUAAGGACAAGUGGGUGUGAUCUAGACUAGCCCGCUACUCCGUCGGCGGUAUGACAGACAGUACAGAGUGACAUCUCCCAUUUGUUGAGGCGCUUUCCAAUCCCAGUAUGAAUGCCUCUUCUCUGGCAAAUCCGAAAAGCGGUUUCAGGACAUGUGUUGCCAUUUCAAGGCUUUCAUCAUUCACGCUCUCCAUAAACUCGAAUUUCGAUCUCAGUCCGUUGAAGGCGUUAUAAACAAUAUGCUGUUCCUCUCAGGCUCUCCGAUUCGUGAUUCCCCCUACAUCUCUUCCAUGGAAGCGGGACGCCCCCACCACCAACUUGAACAUCAUCUUGUAUGUCUCUACGCAAGCCUCAUCGCACUCGGCGUGGAGACACUUGGCUUGGAGCUCUCGCGCAAGAAGAAUCAGAUCUGCACCCCUGGGCGGCUGAAGGACUGACGACCUGGUGCGGCCUUGUAUACACGGAAGCGGAGGGUGGUUUGGUGAGGUGUGGCAUGGCGUGGAAAUGCGGUCCACCAAGUCGAUAGAGGCACUGGGGCAGUAGAGGAAUUAAGAAUGGGCACCUGGAGGAGUUUCGCUAGGUCUGAAAGGCGUAGCGAGAUCUAUGGUUCGUGCCCAGGGGUUAUUAUAUAAGAGGGGGGAGGUCAUG